AUGCUUGCUUCUUGGAUCCAAUCACUGACUAGUAUGAAACACACCAAAAAUCUUAUCCUUGCAAAUUUUAAUGGUCGCUUCGCACCAACAGGUGAAGACAAUGUGCUCAAGCUGUCCACAGAGACAUUCAACCAUCCAAGCCUAAGAACACUCUCGCUAUAUCAAUACAUAUUACAAGAUGCACAAGCUUUUAACAAUUGUAAAAAUCUCAAGUACCUUGACCUGUUUCAAAUCUUUGCUGAGGUUGAUGUUUUCAACGAAGUCAUCUCGUCUUGCCCCUCCCUCGAGGUUCUUAUCCUACAAAUCAUUUUCUUCAACCCCAGUGGUCAUUUGAAGAUUGAUCAUAAAACGUUAAGGAUCUUGUCCAUGUCAUGCAACCAAAUUGAUAGCAUUGAAGUGCGUGCAGCUCGUCUUGAUAUUCUCUCCAUAGAAUAUAUCCCAUGUGAGAGUGAUAACGUCGUUCUCGAAAUUCCUAGACUCCAGUUUGGUAGAAACUAUUGGGUAGCAGGAAGACUCUUGCCUCAUACUAGCAUCAACAUCUCAUGUCCCCCUCAGAAGCAAGAAAGCAACGGGAUGGUGAAGUGGGAUACCAACUAUGCAACAUCACCUGCAUCUUUAUCUGUGAGUUUAGAUUUGAAGAAUCCUCGAGAAGUAGAAGUGCUAAGGAAAAUCUUAGCUGUGUGGACUGAAAAAAUGAUAGAAGUUGAAAUAUCAUUUAAGAAUAACAAUCCUCUUGGGGAAGAAGGCAAUUCUUCUGACGGUGGAGCACAAAACAAUUUAUGGGAGAAGGCAGAACCGUUUCCCAAUGCUGACUUUCGUGUGGAUACUAUAUGGAUGCACAAUUUCAAGGGUUCAAAUAAAGAACAAUUUGCACUAGCGUCGCGUUUCGUGAUGCAAAAGACAGUAAUGAAGAAGAUGAUGAUUAAGACAUCAUUUGAUGAAAAGAAGAAGAAAGAGAUAGAAGCGGCAGUUGCCAAGCUAAAGGAACUUCCAAAAGGUAACGAGGAGCUUAGUAUCGAAUGCUUCUAAUGAGAUUUGGUUUGAAUCUAUCUGUAAGGACUAAGAAGUUAGCCUUUAAUCAUUUGUGUGAAGAUUAUAUAUGGUCUCAACUUUCAAGUAUUUAAUGUUUUCGGUGUUUGUUUCAUGUUGUAAUAUCUGGGAUUUAGUUUGUCCUCAAAGUCAUGCCUAAGGUAUAGACAUCUUUAUAUAUAUAAUUGUUGAUUU